AUGGACGAAAACAAUGAAAAUCCUUCUGUCAACACAGAGACUCAGAAUAGCCCUGAUAAAUGGGAAAUUAUUAGUUUUCACCGUUUCUGGUUGGAACAGAACAAGAGCAACCCGGAAGAGCUUGACUAUUCGAAGGCUUCACAACAGCUCGUCAAGAAUUUAGAAUACAUUUCUGACACAUCAACAAACGUUGAUAACCUGGAUAAAGGUCCCCUUGGGCCGUGGCCACAUAGACCAAGGUUAUUUGUGGUUUGGCUUUCUCCACAACAAGGAUACUCAACUACGCGUUGGAUAUCAGUCACAGUUAUGCGUGAGCCUACGGGUAACACGAUUGCUGUGGCCGGUAUCAACAAAGCUAUGCGUGAGCCUACGGGUAACACGUUUAUGAUCAAAGGAUUGCUGUGGCCGCGAAAGCGUCGAAAGGGAAGUCCCGUAGACAAGCUGUGGUUAGCCAUUGAAACGGAGACAAGUGCUGCAACAAUCGAAAUAAAAAAGAUGAAGUUGAAACGUCUUCAGUUAUGCAAGCACUCUCAACCGUGUGCCAAGGAGGAUUUAGAGGAUGUCAUAUCAAAUAAACGAAGACAUCAAAACAGCAUUGAAAAUCGGGAGGAGAUGUCUGGAUAUGAGACACCAACACCAUUACCAAAGAAGUUGAAAAAUAGGAAGGCUCCACACGUACCAUUCUCUACAGACACCCCACAUAAACCAAUUCUUCUGAAACAGACUGCAGUGAGUCUUUCAUCAACAAUAGUACCAGGAUUGAAAACACUUAUGGGUAGUCUUGAACUCAAGUAUCCAGAUGUUGUUAAAGAAAUAAAAUAUCAUUUGUGUGAACAAGCCAAGUUAGCGAGUUUGUCAGAAGGAUUAGUCAAAUGGCUACGUACAGUUCUCACAAGCUCUCUAGACACAUUUGACACAGCAGUGAAUGCGCCUUUGAAUGAUGCCUGUCAACAUGAAAACAAAUUACGUUUUAUCUUUCGUGUAGUACUCUCAUUAACUUGUAAAAAUGAUCAGACUAUUGAAAGACAUGCAUCAGAAAGAAAAUUUUUAGUUGAACAGGUGUCAAUUAUCUUCAAGUAUAUUGAAUAUGUAAUUGGAUUGAUGACAUUUCACUGGAUUGAGAAGCACAUGAUGUUCACCAAAGCAUUGCAGUUUGUUUAUGAGCCUGAUAAACAAACUACUACUUACAAAGUGGAUGCAUUAGCUGUUGCCAAAAUAACACAGAGAGAAUUUGCGACUAUUGAGGCAUCUGGUGGUCCUUCCAUGCAGGAUCGUCAACACACAUUAGAAGAUACUGAAAAGACUUUACUGGAAGGAGCAGAAAUGCUCCAAGGCACAUUACAACAAUAUCUUGACGCAUCUGUUGAAACAGCUAUGAAAUUGAAAUUUUAUACUAUGCAAAUCAUUGUUGAUCGUAUUGUCUUGGUUGAGAUAUCAAUGUAUAUAUCGUGCUUCAAAGCUGUAGAAGUUCGAAGUGCACGGUGGCCAUUUUCAUGGAAUUUUGUUGGAGAGUACAUGCACAUAUUUGAACUAAUUGCAUAUUUUAAACAACUUUAUGAGCAGGAGGAGGUAAUGAAAAUAAUUGCCAAUGAACAACGUGGUGUGAUUGAAGUUCACUCUGCCACAGUUCGUCAGUGGCUAGAAA